UCAUAUUUUUUUUAUUACAUUGUUUGUUCACAGAAACACAGUUUGCCUCAUAUAAUUUUAUUAUACUCGAUAAUAUACAAUAUUCCUUUAUUGUUCCACAGUGGAGCAAAGUGUAAUCCGAUAAUACCACAAUAGUUUUAGGGAGUAUGCUUGUUCAAAUAGACACUACGCUCCAAUUAAGCCCCCUGGGGACUCUUUCACUUUUGUAAAUUGACAUCACACCUCAAAUAGGGAAAAAAAACCAAUAACAAAACAACAACAGGUGGUAAUCAUCAUCACACUACGCCUGAUACCUUCAUGUGUCGCAGUAGACGGGUCUCCCGCAACACACGCCAACUGCGCAGCAGACAUGGCAUCUGUAAAGCUGAAGUCGACAGUUGGGGAUUCAAAAGAAUAGAACGUUUUACAGCAAAAAAUGAUUACCGUUUCAACAAUGAGCACUUGGAGAGAAAAAGCGAGGCUAUGAAAGCUUUUAGAGUAGAUAUUUUAUUGUAUUUUUAUUUUUAAGUACUGCAUUUCCUCAAUUUCAGUCCCUCCCUCAAAAUUUUACGUUUUCCACGUUAAAUUACAUUAAAGAGUUAACUGCCGAGACCCUUUGAACUGCUUUGCUUACCAAAGCAGCAGCACCUGUGUAAACGUGCAAACCACAAGUUCCCUGUGUAGUAUUAAUGAUGAUCUUGGUGUAAAAAUCGUGCAUGAUCGUACAAUAUUAAAGUUAGGAAUAAUUGAAUGAUUUUUUUUAAUGAACACAUAGGUCUACUAUGCUACUGUAUUUUAAUGUUGGUCAUGAUGUUGUUACGUGGAGAGAUAAGUUUUUGUUUUUUUUGAGGCAGUAUUUGUAUUGAUUGAGAACCACGGCCCUAAAAAAAAAUAUAUAUAUAAUUAUCUGAUACUCUGCGGUUGGUAAGUAAGCAAUAACAAAGUAAGAAAACACGCUGAAACUGACGUAUUGUUGUUAUUGUUGUCAUCACUCAUUUUUUGAUUUACCCCUGCCACCUGUUUUAAAAAACACUUUUUUACCGAGAAACUUAGAAAGUGGGUAAUGGCAGCAGGAAAACCAGCGAGGGGAAUGUUGACAUUUUGGCAUGAAUAAUUUGGCAGUCGCUGCGCCGUGAUGAAUUAGCGCCCGUUUGACACCUUAAUGCUCUGUCUGUACAGCCGCUCGCAAUCACUUGGACUGGAGAAAGGUGGAAAUGAAUUUAUUAAAAACACCAGAGAAUUGUGGGGCGGGGGGCAGGGGGGUUGGACACUGUAAAUGCAUUUGAAUAUUAACAAUGAACUGUAACAACAACACACUGCUAUCUAUCCAUCUAUCAUCCAUCAGUCAUCUGUUCGUCCAUCCCUCCAUCCAUCUGUCCAUGCGUCCACUGAUCAUCUACCAGUAGCCACAUAUCUCUCCGUACAGCCAUAUAUCCAUUGCAUCCAUCCACCUACAUCCAUUCAUUUAUCCAUCCAUCCAUCAAUCUGUCUAUCCACAUAUCCUCGUUUUAAGGACUUCAGUUGUCGUACAAACACACAUUUACACAUGAUAUGGCACGGAAAUUUGAUACCCAAGGUCCCAGAUUAGCCUGAUAAAUCUCAAGAAUUGUGAAAUAUAAAGAGAAUAAGAAAUAAGAUCAAAUAGGAUAUAUAUGUGUUCGAAAGGCUGAGAUGAUAUCAUUUGGGCCAUUUUUUAAAUAAAUGACUCUCUUUACAAACAGUGCUGUCGCCCUCUGCUGGCUACUAUUAUACAGUCUGAAAUGUCCAGUACUGUACUUCUUCUCAUUUGGAUUCAUUGCUUCGUGAGUGAACUGAUAAUGACAUCCAGUAUCUGAAUUCUAACUUCACGAUAAGAAUGCUCUGUUUUAUAAGGUUAUAUAGUAUGUGAUAGUUGCAAUGGAAAAAGAUCAAUAAAUACAGUACAAUAGAAACAUAUAGUUAGAUUAGAAGCAGUUGUGAGUAGGAUGCGCUGUUGUUCCACACAGUGACUAAAAAGAAAUCACUUGAUGAAAUUACAAGUUGCAACAUUGAACAUUGCAAUGGAUUCUCUCUGUGAAAUGGAACGCUAAAACAAAUAAACCAUAACCCAAAAAGAAAAGAAAAUCCGUCAUACAGCGGUGCCUUGAGAUACGAGCACCGGCGGGCAGUGCGUUUUGGGUCUGGGCCUUCAUUGACCUAUAAUCAAUUUCUUAUGAACACCAUCACGUGGCAAAAUAAUUUCCACAAACGUUAUAUAAAUACGCGCGGCAUUAAAGAAGAGUACUGUACAUAUCUAUGUGGUGCCCUAACCCUAACCCCCCAGGUGUGCAAGGCACAAAGACCAGUCAGCAGUACAAUGACCAUUGUACUGUGGCAAAAACAGUUUAAUUCUUUACAUUCAAUUGAAUUAUGUCAUUACCGUAUGUUUUUUAAUAGUCUCAUAUUAUAGAGUGCUAUUUAACUAAUUAAAAACAGUCAACAAUAUCUAUAUUUUAAUUUUUUUGGGAGGGUGGCUUGAACGGAUUAAUGCCAUUUCCAUUCAGUUCAAUGGGAAAAGUAGAUUUUCUAUACGAGCGUGGUCACCAAACAAAUUAAACUCGUAUCUCAAGGCACCGCCGUGUCGCGGAGGUUUCACUGCGUGCACUGCUUAAAAUAUGAUGCGAAAUAGUUUUCUUGCAAGUUAUUUUUGCGGACCCCCGAGCGAGGGACUGUGGACCGCCGAGGGUCCGCAGACCCCAGUUUGAGAACCCCCGUGCUUUUACGCACACUCCGAGGAUGGGAGGGGUGUAUUAUUUUUGUGGGUUUGAUUUUUUUGCAUCUGAUCUCUCUCUCUCCUCUCUCUCUCUCUCUCUCUCUCUGUCCCUCUCUCUCUCUCUCUCUGCCUGCUGCAGCCUUGUGACGUCAAGGAGGGCUGGAGCGCUUCCUCCUUGCUCUGUAGCGGCAAAGGGAGGGAAAAUGAGCACAAGAGGAUUGACAUUGCGGGGCAUGGACGAUGGCGUGACAAGACCAAGUGACAGUUGCCACCAUGUGAGCUUCUAAAAUCUGUCAACCCACUGCCGAUCACCUGAUACUGUCACCAUCGACGGAAACUGUCACCAUGAGAGUAUCCGAUGGGUUCUUGGCCCACCGGCGCCACCGUCCGGUUGCGUGAGCGCCCCCGCCUACCCUUCCCACAGAUCCUGCACGGCAUGGCCUCUCUGGACCUGCCAUAUCGCUGUCCUCGCUGUGGGGAGCACAAGCGCUUCCGAAGCCUGUCGUCCCUGCGUGCCCACCUGGAGUACAACCACACGUACGAGACCCUCUACGUUCUCUCCAAGUCCAACAGCAUUUGCGACGCCGCCGCCCUGCUGCCCCUGGUGACGGAGGGAGCCCUCCUGCCGCCUCCCAACAAUAACGACCCCCUUGAGCCUCUGCAGCCGUCGGCUUUGAAAGAACGCCGCUUCCCCUGCCGCGAGCUUCCCUGUGUGGACGACCUGAGUUUGACGCCAGCGAGCUCCAACACUCCCGCCAGGUACAUCCCCAAUGUGGAGUUUCCUCUGGGGGAGAUUUUGAUGAAGAAGGCCAUGACAUCCACAGACCCCGGCCCCUAUGGGAACCCCAGUACAGCCGUGGCCGUAGCAGCUAACGUCGCCGCCAGUGCAGUGGAGGCGGCUUAUGAAGAAGGCCUGGCCAGGUUGAAGGCACGCGCGUUUGAACGUCUUGAGCUGGAUGAGAGGAUGGAGAAGCUUUCUGAAGAGGUGGAGCAGAAAAUAGCGGCCCGCGUAGGCCGUCUCCAGGCCGAGCUGGAGAGAAAGAGCUCCGAGCUGGAGCGGGCCAAGCACGAGAGCGAGCGGCUCAGCCAGGAGAAGCAAGAGCUCGAGGACAAGGCCUUGGAGCUUUCCCGGCAGGUGGAUGUCUCGGUGGAAAUGCUGGCCAACCUAAAACAGGACCUGGUGAACAAGGAGGCAGAGCUCAGCCACAAGCAGCAGGAGGUGGCCCAGAUCGACCAGUUCCUGCAGGAGACUGCGGCGCGCGAGGCCAACGCCAAAGUUCGCCUGCAGCAGUUCAUCGAGGAGCUGCUGGACCGCGCCGACCGCGCCGAGAAGCAGCUGCAAAUCAUCAGCAGCUGCGGCACCACGCCCAACGGAAGCCUGGGACGCUGCAGUCUCCAGGGCAAGGGCAACGGACGCCAGAGAAACUCCAGCAUCUCUGGAAGCACAAGAGGCAUCUACCAAGCAUCCGAAAGACGUUCCUCCCCCAGUACGGGUGCUGCAUCGGGUCGGAUCAAGUCGGUCUCGCAGGGUUCUGGCGGAUACGACAGCGACAGUGUGGAGAUGCACCCCAUGGAGGAGUGCCCCGAGGCUCAGUACUACCACAUGCAGUGCCGCCUGAACGAGGCGGCUUACGAGCGCUCCCCCGGAUGCGGCGGAGGGGGGAGGAACUGGGGUCUCCGCAAACAGGCUAUCCAGAACUGGCAACGGCGGCCUUACAGGAACAGCACCGAGGGCGAGGAGGGAGACGUGUCGGACGUAGGCUCUCGGACGACCGAGUCCGAAAUGGACAUGUGGGAGCAGGAGAGGAGGGCGGUGGCGGAGGUGCAGCAGUCCGGCGCCCCCUAUCCUUACCACGGCAGGGCCGGAUAUCGAACUAAUGCAGGUCGAUGUGAAGGCGUCUACAGCAAACCGUGUCGCCAUGAGAAGAGCCCGUCCAAAUCCAACGAGGUGAUCAGUCCGGAGAUCCUGAAGAUGCGCGCCGGUUUGUUUUGCAUCUUCACCUACUUGGACACCAAAACGCUGCUGAGAGCUGCGGAAGUCUGCCGAGACUGGAAGUUUGUGGCCCGCCACCCGGCCGUGUGGACUAGAGUCUUGCUGGAGAACACACGCAUUUCCUCCAAGUUGCUGGGAACGUUGUCUCAGUGGUGCACUCAGACGCACUCGCUCAUCCUGCAGAACCUCAAACCGCGACAGCGCGGAAAGAAGGAAACCAAAGAGGAGUACCUCAAAAGCACACGUGGGUGUCUAGAGGAGGGUCUGGAGGCGCUGCUGAAGGCCACGGGAAGUAACCUGCUCAUCCUCAAGAUCUCGCAUUGUCCCAACCUGCUGACCGACCGCUCCCUCUGGCUGGCCAGCUGCUACUGCCGAGCUCUGCAAGCCGUCACUUACCGGAGUGCCACAGACCCAGUUGGCCAGGAGGUUAUCUGGGCCCUCGGAGCAGGCUGUAGAGACAUUAUCUCCCUGCAGGUGGCGCCACUACACCCAUGCCAACAGCCGGCUCGUUUUAGCAACAGAUGCCUGCAGACCAUCGGGAGGUGCUGGCCGCAUCUCCGUGCGCUCGGCGUGGGGGGAGCGGGAUGUGGCAUUCAGGGGCUGGCCUCACUGGCAAGGAACUGCAUGCGCCUCCAAGUGCUGGAGUUGGACCACGUGAGUGAAAUCAACCAGGAGGUGGCAGCAGAGGUCUGCAGGGAGGGUCUGAAGGGCCUGGAAAUGCUGGUGCUCACCUCCACGCCAGUCACCCCCAAAGCUCUCCUCCACUUCAACAGUGUGUGCCGCAACCUGAAGUCCAUCGUGGUGCAGAUUGGUAUUGAAGACUACUUUGAGGACCCCAACAGCCCCGAAGCAAGGAAGCUGUUUGAUGAGAUGGUGAACAAGCUCCAGGCGUUGAAGAAAAGACCCGGCUUCUCCAAAAUCCUCCAUGUGAAAGGGGACAAUCUGUGCUAACAGCAUUUCCCGCAGCUUGUAUUGAGAGCCGCCGUCGUUGCCUCCCACCACGGUGGCGCCCUUCAAGUCAGAAAAGACGCCGCUCCGUGUGUGUGUGUGUUUGUGUGUGUGUGUGUGUGUCCCGGCUGCAACAAACCUAACACUGGGCUGCCUUGAUGAACCCAUUCUUGCUUAAGGAGAGGCACUUGUUGCUUGUUGUGGGGGAUUCAUGUGCUGCACUGCUGUGUUGGUUGUGACCUGACACGGUCUCAUGAUGACAAACGCACACACAGACACAAAAGAAUAACAAUAAGGUCAGAUUCUUGGUUUUUCGGAUCAUGUUGCAUCUCGGAGUGGGAUCUCAUUCUUCUUGAAAGGGCGAAUUGUACCUGACCACGUGCACACUGCUUGAGGUGGACCCGAGGGUCACGUGAAACUGUCCACAAGAGACAAAAUUCUUGAGACUGAAUGGAAACUUCCAGCUUCAACUUCCUGCACAAGAAGCGUGUUGCAUCUACUUGCUGGCCUGGCAGUGAUGCGUUUCCUCUACCAUCCAUGCUGACAUGAUGCAUAUUCUUUCCUGAUGGUUAAAAAAAAACAAAAAAAACAGCACGCAGGAUUCAUUUUAAUCUCCAAAGCGGUGCCAUUCGUGUCUGUCCUCAUUUCGGUGAGAUUUAUUUAAUUAUUAUUUUUUUUAAUCCGACGUGCCAUUGAUGUGGAAAUAUUUCAUAUCCUUCUAAUCACAACGAGAGAGAUUGAUCACAUCCUACUGCAGGUGUCAAAGUGUUAGAGUGUUAAUUCAUCCUUGUGGCGCCUUCUGCUGGACUUUUCAACCACGUUCACAGUCUGAUGGGAGGAAUCAUUUCUGUUGAACAAGAAUUCAGAGGGUCCUCGCUUUACAUACGAGAUUUCGGGAUUACAAACGAGGGCAGCGCCGUAAGAAUGUGAUCACGCUACGCAUGAAGGAACGCUCAGUUACCGCCGUGCUUACCGUUUUAUCGGAUUGUUUUAUAUUUAUGGCCCGGAAGGGUUUUUCAUACAAAUAUUUACAUUAACUAGUGCUUUAGCGUAGGUUCGUGAUAGACGGCGUCCCGUUCCGACUCGCGUACAAAUUGUGUGAUUACGUCACCGGCGUAGGAACGGAAUUCCGUCGUAAAUGGUGGACCCCCCCGAUAUGUAAUUCCUGAAGAAAUUCCGUGAAUGCUGAGAGAUGCCAAAGAAUUGGGGACCCAAAUGCAGGUUCAUGCAUUACAGCAUAACAUAGCAAUGCUUACGAGGGAUGGGCAUUUCAUUGCAUUUCCUUAAUUGAUUGAUUCCUUGUUCAAAUUUUACAAACUAAACGGGAGUUUCCGAUUUAAAAAAAUAAAAUAAAAUCACUUUUUGCCGUGUUUGUUAAAUUACGUGAGUGAAAUAAUUCAUUGUUUCUUUAGUAUGAUUUCUAUAUUAUAAAGGGAUGAGAGCAGCUCUCCCAGAUGGUUCUGAACUCCUGUUUCUAUGCCAGUGUCAUGUUGAGCGGUUGCCUCGAUUGCUUCAGAACACCAUUAAUCGACAAUCGAUUCCAUAUUUCUUGCAAUCAAUUAAUUGACUACUCGGUAGUACCGCGCACAUAUGCCACCUAGCGGCUGUGAUCAGUAAUGACAUGACAUAUUGGAAAGCAAUUUCCAUGGACCUUUUGUACGUUCGUUGAUUUUUGUCCAGUACUUCGCUAAUGUUUAUUUGGGUAAAGAAAACUACGCGGGAGAAAUUUACCCUCUAGCCCACCCGCGACUCCAAUAUAUAUAUAAAAUAGAUGGAUUGGUAUACUGUCUAUUAUAUAUCGUUUAAAAAAUUAUAAUAAUUGAAGCACAUUACUGUGAAUGUUCACAAAGGGAGCACCUUCAUUUUUUUUUUCCUUCUGCUACAACCCGCAGCUCUCCACUGCGCAGCACUAGCUAGGCCUGGUUUUGCUUGACUCAGUUUUUAAACCACUGUAUUUUGUUUUUUUUUUGGGGGUGGGGAGGACCACGGCAUAUUGAACGCAUCAGCCAGAAUGAGAAAACAGAGCGCUGCAGAAAAGUGGAGACUGUGUUGUAUACAGUAAAACUGCAGUGUGCAGCGCUAAAGUAACGUUAGCAUAUGUGUUUUUUACGUCAACUCGGCAUUUGGAAGUAUAAGGCGCCGUCAGGGACACAUCGGAAUUCAGGACUUCACUUGUGAUUUCACCUGUGUGUGUGAGAGGGUUUCACUCGUGUGUGAACCAAAACAAAUUCUGUCGUGUGACAACAUUUCGGUAGUGUGUAUAAGAGGUAAUCCUGAAUGGAGCUAACUCCAUUUUUUUUGGGGGGGGGGGGUCAUUUUGCGGCAGAGCGAUCGAAAAUGUGUUGGCUGCUCGGUGAUUUAUUCGGCAAUGAUUAUUUCUUCUGGAUACUUGCUUUUACAGAAAUGAUGGUUUUUGUUUAAUAAAAAAAAAAAAUAGGUUCAUAGUAAUUAAAUCAUAUUUAUAAUACUUAGGUGGCACAGUGGCUGUACUGGUUAGCGCACAGACCUGCUUGCGGUCGUUUUCGCCGGUUACCUCCCACAUUCCAAAAACAUGCUUGUUGGAUUAAUUGAAGACUAAAUUGUCCGCGGGUCUGAAUGUAAGUGUUAAUAGUCGUUUGUCUAUAUGUGCCCUGCGAUUGGCUGGUGACCAGCCAAGGGUGUACCCCAAGUCAGCUCAAGCACACCGGUGCCCCUAAUGAGGCUAAGUAGCAGGCACGUGCAUGGAGAUUUUUAGGGGCAGGUGCACAAGCCUAGAAAAUAAAGAAAUACAAUCAUACAAUUAAGAAAAACAAUAAUAUGGAUUUAGCUUACAUAUUUAUUUCUGUUAACACAAUCAACACAGUCAGUAAUACAAUAAUUAACAAAGGAGGUGAGGGUAGGCUACAGUGGAUAAUUGUAUGUAAACACAACCCUGUUCAAAUGACAGUAGUUGGCUGGGGUCAAGGCGGGACCACAUGUACAAUUCUCCAAAGGACUCAAAUAAAUGCCUGUCAGAUUUCAGGUUUUUUUUGUUUUAAUAUUGAUGAGUGAAUAAAAAAAAUGGGCUGCACCAAAAAAGGCACUUUUUUUUUGUUCAAGUUAAAAGGGCAGGUGCUUGAGCACCCGCUGGUGGUUAUGUGUGCAUGUGCCUGAUAAGUAGAAUACAAAAUGGAUAAAAAUGUGUUUAAUAAAAAAAAAAAAAAAAGUGUAGUGUAAACGUGAUCUCAGUCCAAACAUCUGUCAAAUCUAUCAAUAUUUCAUGAAAGAUGAAACAUAGAAUUCACU